AUGUCUUCGCAAAACGUGAAUACUCCAGGUGGCAGCCACACAUGUGGAAAUCCACCCGCGGGAGACCCCGCGGCCAGGGCAAGGAUUCUGGAGGCCCUAAAAAACGUUCCCCCAAGCACUGACGUGGCGGUGGCUGACUUGGCCGCCACGGUAGUUAAUACGCCAAGCCAAGACGACGAGAGAGACGACGGUCCCAUGGCCUUUAGAAGGAGCAGCAGGGUUCUAAGAUCCCCGCUCCUCCAAGCGAGCAAGGCUCCGGCACCGACAGCAGGAGAGAAUGCGGACUCCCUAACUCCUAAAAGGACACGGGACGCCGCCAGCCCAGCAGGCGUUCAGCGCGAGACGCCUCCUAAAAGAUGCAGGGAAUCCCAGUGUCUUAAAAACAUCGCGGAGCUGGGCAAGAUCCUGGAUGAUGUCCUCGACGACAUCAACAAUAAGCAGGUCCGGCACAUAACCUUGGUUAUGAAGACCAAGCUGGCGAGGGUGAAAGACCUGCAAGCCGACAUAGGCGAGUGGCUUAACUCUGCUCGGAAACCUGAGGAGACAGAUCGACCCGAACCUGCAGUAGCAUGCCACAACUGCUCUCAGGGCGGGAAGAAGACAGAGAGCACCCAGAGACGGGACGCAGUGCAGCAAACCCCCAAGGUCUGGAGCAAGGACUGCGCAACGCAGACGGAGGCGCCGCGAGCCCCGACCACCACCGAGAAUCCGCAAGUAAGGGUGGCCAAAACGAGCGCGAAGAAUCAGCGGCGUGCCCCCACGCCUGCUGAAGCUGCUAAGCAGGGGAAAACCUCCGUAAGAGGGACACCCGCGGCCAGCGCGCCCAAAUCCAGGGCACCCAACCCGCCGCAGCCAAUCGGUCCAGCGUCUGAAGGCCCAGAAGCCGAUGGAGGCACCUGGAGAACCUUCACGAGGAAAAAGCGGCGCAAGAAGAACGAGGCUCCUCAUCGGUCCCGCCCGGACGCAGUCAUUAUAGCCGCGAAAGGGAAAACUUACAGCGAAAUCCUGGCCAUGGUCACCAGAAGGGACGACAGCCAGCUUACAGGCCUGGGUAACUGCGUCAAAAAGGUUAGACGAACCACAAACGGCAACCUUUUGCUAGAGAUGGCGAAGGAUAGCGCCGAGAGUGCAGCGUCAAUGCGAACGAGCAUUGCGCAGGUGCUUGGCGACACGGCGGAGGUUCGGGCGAUGUCAGAGGACUCAAAGGUCUUGAUACUCGAGAUCCGAGAGCUGGACGCCCUGACCAAGGAGCCCGAGAUUGUGGCCGCAAUCGCGGAGCAAUUCAGCUUGGAUGGGGCCAAAGUCAAGGUGCGGAGCCUCCGCCCGGGCUAUGCUGAGUCCCAGACGGCAGUAAUUAGCCUCCCGUGCCCCCUGGCCAAGGCGGUGCUCAAGAGAGGUUCUCUGCGCAUAGGCUGGACCUCCUGCACGAUCAGGGAGAGAACAGGCCCCCCAAGAUGCUACCGGUGCCUUGAGGCUGGCCACCUGGCCUCAAACUGCAAAAGCGCUACUGACCGGAGUGGGUGCUGCAUAAGAUGCGGGGAGAGUGGACACAAAGCCGCAAAGUGCCCCAACGAGCUGAAAUGCUUCCUUUGCGCUGCUUCCGGCAAGAACAAGACGAGGCACCAGGCAGGCAGCAAAAGCUGUCCGUCCAGGAGCUCCAGUAGCAGUGGCGCCGGCCCCCCGAAACGCGCCAUGCAGUUGAUUCAGCUGAGCCUGAAUCACUGCAGGGCAGCGCAUGAUCUGCUGAUGCAGACGGUGCGCGACCUGGACGCGGACGUGGCGGUGCUCAGCGAGCCAUACAAGGCUGCAAGCACUCACGGUUGGGCCAUGGACCGGACCGGCAAAGCUGCGCUGUGGAUGUGUGGGCGGGAACCCGCUCACAUGUCCGACGUCAGAUCGGCGAAUGGCUUCGUUCGCGGUAGAGUAGGCGGGGUGUGGGUGUACAGCUGCUACCUGGCACCAAGCCUCACCCUGGAGGCCUUCAGCAGUAUCAUCGACGAGCUCAGUGAUGACAUCCGGGGACGGAGCAACACUCUAGUGGGCGGCGACUUCAACGCUUGGGCUCAGGAUUGGGGGUCGCCCUCAACCAACGCCAGAGGCCGCAUCAUCCUGGAGGCCUUCGCCUCCCCUGGAUAUCGCUCUGCUCAAUGA